AUGGCGCGCCUGGGCAACGCUUUGGUUUGCGUCGCGGCUGCCACCGUACUGGCGGCCGCUGUUGCAUUCGUUGCGCCAGUGGGCCCCCGCGGUGGAUCUGCUCAGACGCGUGGGGUGGAGGUGAGCAGCAAGGCACUGCCCAAUGGGCUCAGCGAGUCUCCAGUGACAGGCACCGAGGCAGCUGCGGAGCCAUCUCCUGUGGCAUCGUUCCUGAAGUGGACAGCCGCCGGCCUUCUGGCCGGUCUGGUGAUGGCAGUGUCUUCCAGCGCUCCUGCGAGUGCCAAGCCUCUGGAGAUGUUCGGCGGCGUGGACAUCGAUCUGGAGGACACACCAGCCCAUUGGACCAUCAAGGCCUCCCCGGUGCUGGAGCCCUGCAAGGACAACAAGAAGUUCCACAAGAAGCUCAAGGAUGAGCUGUACAAGGUGAAGAAGAAUCAGCAGAAGUUUGCCGAGGGCUCCGCGGCGUAUGCUCGCUUCAACAAGAAGAUCAAGAUGAUCGAGCUGCGUGAGACCGCCUACGGCGACAGGCUUUGUGGCAAGAAGGACGGGCUGCCCCGCACCAUCGCCACUGGCGAGUGGAACGUGAGGGGCAGUGCCAUGUGGCCUGCGGCCAUUUUCCUCUACAUCGCUGGCUGGAUCGGCUGGGCUGGCCGCUCCUACCUGAUCCGCACCAACGACGCAGCCAAGGAGAUCAACAUUGACGUGCCUUUGGCCGUGACGUGCAUGGCGAGUGGCUUCUCGUGGCCAGUGGCAGCGUGGCAGGAGAUCGUCAACGGCGAGAUGGCGGUGCCCAGCGACCAGAUCCACAACGGCGGCCCGUGGAACCAGGCAGGGCCUGGUGACAGCUUCGCAAGCAUGGCGCGCCUGGGCAACGCUUUGGUUUGCGUCGCGGCUGCCACCGUACUGGCGGCCGCUGUUGCGUUCGUUGCGCCAGUGGGCCCCCGCGGUGGAUCUGCUCAGACGCGUGGGGUGGAGGUGAGCAGCAAGGCACUGCCCAAUGGGCUCAGCGAGUCUCCAGUGACAGGCACCGAGGCAGCUGCGGAGCCAUCUCCUGUGGCAUCGUUCCUGAAGUGGACAGCCGCCGGCCUUCUGGCCGGUCUGGUGAUGGCAGUGUCUUCCAGCGCUCCUGCGAGUGCCAAGCCUCUGGAGAUGUUCGGCGGCGUGGACAUCGAUCUGGAGGACACACCAGCCCAUUGGACCAUCAAGGCCUCCCCGGUGCUGGAGCCCUGCAAGGACAACAAGAAGUUCCACAAGAAGCUCAAGGAUGAGCUGUACAAGGUGAAGAAGAAUCAGCAGAAGUUUGCCGAGGGCUCCGCGGCGUAUGCUCGCUUCAACAAGAAGAUCAAGAUGAUCGAGCUGCGUGAGACCGCCUACGGCGACAGGCUUUGUGGCAAGAAGGAUGGGCUGCCCCGCACCAUCGCCACUGGCGAGUGGAACGUGAGGGGCAGUGCCAUGUGGCCUGCGGCCAUUUUCCUCUACAUCGCUGGCUGGAUCGGCUGGGCUGGCCGCUCCUACCUGAUCCGCACCAACGACGCAGCCAAGGAGAUCAACAUUGACGUGCCUUUGGCCGUGACGUGCAUGGCGAGUGGCUUCUCGUGGCCAGUGGCAGGCUCCGCGGCGUAUGCUCGCUUCAACAAGAAGAUCAAGAUGAUCGAGCUGCGUGAGACCGCCUACGGCGACAGGCUUUGUGGCAAGAAGGACGGGCUGCCCCGCACCAUCGCCACUGGCGAGUGGAACGUGAGGGGCAGUGCCAUGUGGCCUGCGGCCAUUUUCCUCUACAUCGCUGGCUGGAUCGGCUGGGCUGGCCGCUCCUACCUGAUCCGCACCAACGACGCAGCCAAGGAGAUCAACAUUGACGUGCCUUUGGCCGUGACGUGCAUGGCGAGUGGCUUCUCGUGGCCAGUGGCAGCGUGGCAGGAGAUCGUCAACGGCGAGAUGGCGGUGCCCAGCGACCAGAUCCACAACGGCGGCCCGUGGAACCAGUCCUGA